CUUUGAUGCACAACAUAUUGACACCCCUUCUAAUGCACAACAUGGGUCAAAAAUGACCCUCAUUCAUUUCCACAUCUUCAACUGUAUCAACAGCUAACUAACUAAUUACUUGUACCUUUCUGACAUGAACUUACUCUCAAGGAGCCUGCAGGAUGUCUGUGUCCAUGACCAGGGCUGAUGGGGUCACCGUGUUGACUUUGUCCUCUGACCCCCAAAGUGUUUGUCCUCCACUGUGUCAAAUCCUCAAAGGCCUUUGCUACAGCCCCACAUGCUGCUCUGUGUCUCAGCACCUAAGGAGCUUCCAGGGAUCUUCUCAGUCAGUGCUGGGGGCUGUGCACAUUAUGGUUGGGUUGCUCAACAUCGGCCUUGGAACGAUCCUCCUUGGCUCUCUUGGUGACUUUUGGUGGGUAAUGGAGGAGAACGGGUUUCCUUUUUGGCUCGGUGGACUGUUUAUAUUUUUCGGCAUCAUGUGCAUUGUGUCUGAGAAGUGCCCCAGUCCAUGUCUGGUCAUCGUCAAUGUGAUCCUGAAUCUAGCAGGAGUUGGUUUUGCCAUUGCAGCCAUUGUGUUCUACAGCAUCAAUUUAUCAGAGACAUCGGUUUGGAUGUGUGAAGACGGCGAUUAUGGCUAUUCAUACUACAGGCACACUACUGCGGCUCCAUCUCCUGGGGAGGUAAUCAUGAGGAAGAAAUGCUUGGAGGGCAAAGAACUGGUUCUGAUGCUUUUGAGAAGCAUGAAUGUUGUGCUGAUCGUGCUGUCCGUCCUGGAGCUCUGCCUCGUCAUCAGCUCUACUGUCUUGGGGAUCAAAGCUCUGUGUAGCAGUGAGAAAGGAGAAAAGAAGGAGAUUGGUGACCCUGAACUCUACAGUCCACUGCUGGAGGAAGUCACCAGUAACCCCACAGCCUAAAACUCUCAACGCAGCAGAGAAAGCUUUCCAGAUGCAUGACUUAUUUUUUCUGAAUAUUACAUUCUGAAUGAUUGGACAAGUUUCCACUUUAAGGAUACGAAGGUACAUGUGUAAAAUAAGGCCACUGAGUGAUGUAGAGCUUCAAGAAUAUGAGGGGAGAUUUUUUACAUUUUUUUAAUUUCCUGUUAAUUCGGCAACGGCCCGUCUAAGUCUGACAGUGGUAGGGAGAACCCUGCAAAUGAUCAGUUACCAGGUACUAUAACAUUGAUUCUAUGUACUGUUACAGUAUGACAAACGUCUUGUAUUUUCCUUCAAGGGUUGCCUAAAACAUUUGCACUUAUAUUUUUGGUAAUUUGAUAAUAACCUGCACUACGUUGUUUAUGCUGCUACUGUUCAAAUCAGUGCCUUACAGUCAGCAUGUUUGUCUGUAAAAGGGACACACACUGACUGACUGUUUCUGUUGGCUUCUUUACAAUAUUGUCCCAUGUUAAAAAGAAAACAAUCAUUAAAUGAUUGACUGUUACAUUUAUUUUUGUUUCUUGUAUUUGUGCUGUGUUCUUUAUAAAUAAACCAUAAAGUGUGACAGACAAA